AUUGUGUUCGAGGGCGCCAAUAUUCGAUCCGACGUUUUCUGGUUGAAGGACAGGUGAACAGCUCCUCGCGAAAGAGGCUUUGGAUGCUGUGGAGACAGAAGUCGGAGGCCUAUCCGCUUGCUUUGAAAGUGAGUUGCAAUGGGGAGCACCGCCUGUUUCGUGAUUGUUGGGAAGAAUGAUAAUCCACUUUAUGAGAGCGAAGUGGGAACAGGGCCCAAGAAGGAAGAGUCAGCUCAUCUCCACCAGUUCAUCCUACACGCUUCUAUGGACGUUGUUCAGGACGUUCUCUGGAGCAACAAUUCCAUGUACUUCAAACACAUCGAUCGAUUUAGUGACUGGUUUGUGUCUAGCUAUGUCACCGCUGUCGUCCUGUCAGCUCCUCCUCCUCCUCCUCCUCCUCCUGCUGCUGCUGCCGCUGUUGCUCCUGCUCCUGCUUCUGCUGCUGCUACAGCUGCUACUGCUGCUGCUACUGCGGCUCCUUGUCCUCCGGCUGUUGCUCUUCAUCCUGCUGCUCCUGCUCCUGCUCCUGCUUCUGCUCGUUCUGCUGCUGCUGCUACAGCUGCUACUGCUGCUACUGCUGCUACUGCUGCUACUGAUGCUACUGCUGCUACUGCUGCUACUGCUGCGGCUCCUUGUUCUCCAGCUGCUGCUCUUCAUCCUGCUGCUCCUGCUUCUCUUGUCUGCAGCUGCACAUUCUCUCUCCUGGUAGGUUCAGACCCUUCAGGGUGCCAGCCUUGCUGGAUGAUCCAUACUGCUUGACAUGUCUGUCGUCCUGUGUGGGUAUUUCCUGUACUGCUGCUCUAUCUCUAGCCUCAGCAGCAGAUCCGCAUCG